AUGCCCUUUACGUCCUUCAUCAACCGCUUCUUCACCCGCUCCUUUGGUCUCUCCCCCAAAAUGUCCAUCGCUCCCGAAGCCGGAUCCGGUGGCGCCGCCUCCACCACCACCACCGCGAUCCCCGACGGCGCGCAGCUCUGCACUGUUGCGGCCGGCUGCUUCUGGGGCACCGAGCACCUCUACCGGCGCCACUUUGCCGGCAAGGGCCUCCUCGACGCCAAGGUCGGCUACAUUGGCGGCGACCUGAGCGACCCGACCUACCGCGCCAUCGUCUUCGACCCCAAGCAGGUCUCGUACCGCCAGCUGCUCGAGUUCUUCUACCGCUUCCACGACCCGACCACGCUCAACGCGCAGGGGCCCGACACCGGCCCGCAGUACCGCUCGGCCAUCUACUACCACGACGCCGAGCAGGAGCGCGUCGCGCGCGAGGUCACGGCCAAGGCCAACGCGCAGUGGUGGCGCGGCGGGGUGGUCACGGAGAUUGCGCCGGCAGGCCGCUGGUGGACGGCGGAGGAGUACCACCAGCUCUACCUGGACAACAACCCGUCGGGCUAUGAGUGCCCGAGCCACUUCCUGCGCCCGUUCAAGCCGCUCGAGUGA